CGGUUUACAAGAGCUCCCAUACUUACUGAAUGAAUCAUACAAAAACACUUGGGUCAACCAGAGUCCCGGGUAAAAAGGGUGUGAUUUUAAUCAGGCAGUAGAUUGAGCAGCUAAGUCGCAGGGUGAGAGGACGAGCAGAGGUGAGGGGAUAGAAGGAGGACAGCGGACAAAGCGCGGACUAUGUUCGGGUUAAUGUUUAGCCUGAGGACGGGCAGCUCAUGGCCCCGCGGCAGUCACCAUCUGUCCGGGCUGCGCAGUCUGCUGCUGCCGCCCCCUCCCUCCAGGAACCGCGCGUCCAAAAUGUCGUCGGACGCCCACUGGCUCUCCCCUACAGACCGGGAGGACAUGGUGAUGGAGCUCAGGGGCACAGGCUGGAUGGUGGUGGAGGACCGAGAUGCCAUCUUCAAAGAGCUUCACUUUAAAACCUUUAAUCAGGCGUUUGGCUUCAUGUCUCGUGUGGCUCUGCAGGCCGAGAAGAUGAACCAUCACCCAGAAUGGUUCAAUGUAUAUAAUAAGGUCCAGAUUACACUGACAACGCACGACUGUGGAGGACUGUCGAAACGGGACAUCAAGAUGGCCAAGUUUAUCGACAAAAUUUCACUUUCUAUGUGAUAUAUUUUUUGUCUUUCAAUCUGAAAGUUUAAUUCAAUUUUUUUCAAUCCCAGCUAAGAAAUGUAUUAUCUCCUACAUGUCCAGUACCCGUCUUUGAUUUUUUCUCAAAUAGAAUCUGUGAAAAUAUUGUUUACAGAUCAUUUUUUUAUGUUUUCUAUAAGAAUAAAAUUCACUGAAAUCCAA